AUGACCUCGAGUUGCACCAUUGUCCCGGGGCACAGAGUUGCGUCGUCGGCUUCAGGGUCCCAAACACCGCAGGCCUCGACCCGCCAAGACGCCUCUUGGCUUCAUGGCAACGCGCCUUCCUCAGUGUUUGAGCUACGGCGUGAUGCGCUCCUGGAAUGGUUGCACCGAUUCUCGGAACGAGAGCGAAACGUGGGUGUGUCUGGUGUGGAGACCCCUCUUUCGGAGGAAAAGCCAGAAGAGCUCGACAGCAGUGUCGACCUCGACACUGCAUACAGGGCGUUCUUGCGAUGCGAAGAUGCCACGGCACAAGAAGCCCUCUUCACCCGUCUGGUAGAUUGGGUGGACGCUCAAUGCGCCCAGCCUGUCGUAUCAUCUGGUGCGUCGCCGACGUCCGCUUUCGCUGCGCCGGCUACCUCUGCGGCAGCGGCAGCAGAAGACAGGCAGUGGGGUGGUAUUCGCAUCCCACAGUGCUUGGCGGUCCCUUGUAUGGCGGCAGCUAUGACAUCAAAGGAGCGGAAGGCGACUGCGGCGCACGUGGGCGAGAAGGCCGACGGCGUCCGCGCUGCGAACGCCUUCGAGGCAAACGUGCGGCGGCGCUUCCCCGACAAUGCUGCCGUUGUCACCAAGCAACUGGCCUUUCAAGAAGCGCUGCUGGCGGUGCAGGAGGUUCUGACUGCGCAAAAGAUUCGUUUCUUCCUCGCCUGUGGCACGGCCCUGGGUGCGCGGCGUGACGGCUGCUUCAUCCCGUAUGAUGAAGACAUUGACCUUGGUAUCCUCUACGCCGAUAUCGCGGUGCCUGUAACGGAGGGCGAUGAUUGGCCAGUGCCCGACCUCUCUUUUCCCUCUACCGCCCCGGCCGGCUUGAGCUAUGUGCAGAUGCGUGUGUACCGACUCCUGCACGCGCUGGCAUCAACGCGCGCGUUCGUCGUCUUCGACAUUUGCGGCGCUGUUGAAAAAGGAUUGGAGCUGCGCGCGCUGCACCUGGCCACCAGCGCUCGUAUCGACAUCAAUCUCUACUACCCACCUCUGUGCACCACCGCCUGCGGCGGAGACGGUGACGCCAGCGACGAUGCGCUAGUGCGCGAGACGGGCCCUUUUGUGUGGGCCGCCUCUUUUUACGAGGCAGCUGGCGCGCGCAAACACCGCAUGUAUCGCUAUCGGCACAAGCCCUUCGCCACAGAGCUAGAGGAACUUCCAUUUUGUGCCAAGACGGCGUCUGUGGGCAGGGGUUUUUUAGUACCCCCAGAGCGCUAUCUCGUCGAGAACUACGGUGAGGACUGGCGGACACCGAAGCAGUACUCGUACACAGAGGGCCUUGCAGGUGAGUUCAAGAAUAUCCUGAAGGAGUAA